UCGUUCUUAUAAUCCAUUUUCACAAAUUAGUUAAAGCUUUCACAUGUUGUUACACAUGAACUGCAUUUAUUCUUGUGUUUCCUUCAACUUGUAACUGAAUUAGAUUAAUUCCUGUAGUGUGGCAUUGAAAUACGUGACCUUUAUUUUGAAAUGUCUUCACGGCGUAUAAUAGUUUGUGCACAUACUGUAUGUUCACAUCGUUUAAUGUUGUCACUAAUGAGAAUCUGGUAAUUACUGCACAAAAUGUAGAGGUUUUGCGAUUUUUCUUUCUAUGGUGUACAUGUUGAGAUACUUUUAACAUGCCGAUUUUGCCAAAUGUCAUUUUUUAAAUGGCUAGCAUCACACGUUUAGCCAAGUUGUGAAUUAGCCGUUUAUCCGACCAACCACGGACCAGUCAAACCUCUGAAUACAAUACAUCCUGUAUUUUAAAGCAUGUGAUUUAACUACAAGCUAUUUAAUCAGCAACGUGGAAUGUACUUUAUCUUGAAUAACAGAAAAGAAUAUAACGCUGUAAACACGCGCGGAGUAAACACAUACAAGCAACUCAGUGUAGCAGCAGCAGAAGUCGUUAUGGUUUUUCGCGCAUGCGCAGUGACGAGGAACGCCAAGUCCCCGGAACCGGCAGGAACUCAGGAGCCGAAGAAACAACCUUUCCAGAAACCAUCCCAGCCAGGCUGUUAGGUUCACACACAGCAGUGUAAAGAGGAGCAUUUGGUCAGGUGGUGUGAAAUGUAUGCGAACAGGACGUGUUGGAUUUUAACGGGAGCGACGGUAGCGUGUGUUCUCGCGCUGUACAUGCACCGUGUCCCGCGCGCUGUCGCUGGUGGAGACUCAGGAGAGUUGAUCACCGCUGCUUGUGAGCUGGGGGUGGCCCAUCCCCCUGGAUAUCCUCUCUUCACCAUGCUGGCCUGGCUGGCCCUGCAUCUGCUUCCUUCCACUUCUCCUGCACACGCCGUCAAUGUGCUGUGCGCUGUGCUGGGGGCCGUGGCUAGCGGGGCGCUCUGCUAUACCGUCUGCAGAAUGGCUGGGCCUGGUCCAGGAGCUGUGCUGGCAGGUGGAAGCUUCGCCCUAUCCAAACUCGUGUGGCGGUGGUCACUAGUGGCCGAAGUCUUCUCACUUAAUAACCUUUUUGUGGGGUUCCUUUUCUCCCUCUCAGCCUGCUUCCAUAGUGCAGAGACUGUGGACCAGAAGAAAAAGUUUGCUCUGUGGGGGGCGCUUUGCUGUGGAUUGAGUCUGUGCAACCAGCACACUCUGGUUGUGUAUGUGCUCAUCAUCAUUCCCUGGGCUCUGCUCCAGCUCUUCACUUACAAAGGGUUGUGUUUUUCAGCCCUAGUAUCUCUGGGUGUGUGUUUCCUCACGGGAUUCCUGCCAUAUCUCUACCUGCCCAUUUCCUCGUACUUAAACAAAGCUCGAUGGAGUUGGGGAGACCAGACGACCCUCGACGGCCUGCUUACACACCUGCUCAGGACUGAGUAUGGCACCUUCAGCCUGGCAAAAUCUGUGGGUAACAUUAACCUGGUGAAGAUGCUACAAGCUCAGUGUAAUCACUGUGUGGCUGACCUCUCUGUUCCUGUGCUCCUCUUAGCUGUUUUGGCUCUGCUGCACGCUUUAUGUAAUAGGAGAUGCCGUGCUUCUGUGUGCCUGAUUGCUGUUAUGGUGAGUGUCUAUUCUGUGUUCUUUGCAUGGAGAGCCAACCUGGACAUUGAGAAUCCCCUGCUGCUUGGAGUCGUGGAGCGGUUCUGGCUACAGGCUGACGCUGGUGUGUGCGUUCUGGCCGGUGUGGGGCUGAACUGGACAGUGUGUUUGCUGGAGAGAUGGCUGAGGCUGAGAUCUGUGUGGAACCUAGGAGCCUGGCUCAUCACUGCAGGACUUCUCUCACACAUGAUUCACUUAAACCAAAGAGAGUUUGAUCAGAAUAGGAACGAUGUCGUGGAGAGAUUCGCCCGUGAGCUCAUUUUCUCAUUCCCAGAGAGCUCAUUGGUGCUGACCAGGGGUGACCUUCCUGGUAACACACUCCGCUACUUGCACUACUGCCAGGGCUUGCGGCCAGACCUCAGCCUCGUCGACCAAGAGAUGAUGACCUAUACCUGGUAUGUGCCUAAGCUGCAACAGCAUCUUCCUGGAGUAAAGUUCCCUGGGCUAGUUUGGGAUCCAGUUAACACUGAACAGAAGAAUAGCUUUAACAUCGAACAGUUUAUCCAGCACAAUAUACACCGGCCUGUGUUUGUGUGCAUUGGCUUGACAGAAGGAGACCCAAGUUGGGAGAAGUCCUUCUCCCAUUGGCCAUGGGGGGUCUGUGAGCAGCUGAUGCCCCUUACAAGCAGCCUUUACCCUGUGGAGUGGGUACUGCGCACACAGAAUUUGUACAACUGGAGUGAGCCUUAUAAUAGCUUUCCUCCUGGCUCAUGGGAGCAAGUGGCCAAUGAGGAAAUGUGGCAGGCCAGGAUGAAAAUGGCAUUCUUCCUCUUUGACCUUGCUGAGAAGAUGGCAGGAGGGAGUCAGACUCAACUCUAUGAGCUCUCUUACAAUUUAUACUGUCAAAUUGUGGAUGCCCAGAUGGACUAUCCUGCUAAUUGGGAUAAGAAUUUGGCUUUGGCUGCUGAGCGCUUGCUCCGUUUAGGAGGAGGACGUCAUGGUCUAGAGUCUCUUUUGAACCACAGUAUCCAGCACUUCAGCCGGUACAUUGAGAGAGAACCCACAGACCCUCAGAGCGACGCCAUCCGUUCUGCCAUCACACACCUCAGCAAGGAAAGAGACAUGCUCAGAGACUCGCACAGAAAAACAGAACAUAGACCACUAUGAAACCUCAGAAACUUCAGAAAAUGUGAACCCUCUUUACCAUAUAUAGCUGUACUGUUUGAGGGAUUAUGAACGUCAACAAGAAAGGAAUUCCUGAUGCAGAGGCAGGUGUAAAUCAGGUGAAGGAAGCAGAGAGAAUGAAAGCAAACCUCCAAUUUCAGUGAAAAUCAUACAGGUCAGUGGUACAGUUUGAUAUCAGUAUAUGGUGGUUUGUUCUGGUUCUGCUGUAGCACCAUCAGUUAGGUAUUUGAUGAAAGCCACCCACUUAAAAAGCCAUAUGUAUACACUGUGUAAAUAAAUGAAUGAUCUUCCCAUUUUUAGAAUCUUUUAUUUACUUUGUAAACUGCAUUGUAAAAACUGUUGAAAAUAUUAGACGCAUUUUUCUAAUACUAGUGUCGCAUUUUUCUAAAUCUAGCAUCAUUGCUGCACUAGAUUCUGGGAGGUGUUUUGUAAAGUGAUAUGAAAUACUAUUAAUUGGACCAAGUAGAAAUAAAAUUUGAAAGAAAAAUAAUGUUUGUUUAGAGUUUGAAUUCAGUCAGAAUGUGUUAUUUUUGUACCAACAUAAGUUGAUAUUAUACCAGUGUUUAUUUUAUUAAUGAACCAUCUCUCUCUGUCGCUUUCACUUUCUCUCUUUCUCUCUCACUCGUAAUUAUCCUUUUCCCCCCUGCUGUCAUGUGUCUCUGGCUCCCACAUUAGGAGCACAGCAGUCUGGGAUUGAGAUUGGAAGGCAACCCAAUUUGAGAGCAGCCAAAGGAGAUUAAGAAGGGCCCACUAAUCUGGGGACAACCUCUUGAAAUGUCCCAUCAUUUUCUCUUUUUUCCUCUAUCAGUCUCCACUGCACAGUGCACUCGCAACUCCUUUAAUC